AUGAACUAUGGGAAGAUUGUGGCAUUUACUCAGGCUACAGAGAACUGUAAGUUGAAGAACAUAAUGGAGCGAGAGGGUAGCAGUAAGGACCGUUCCGCGGGCAACCUUGGAGAUUCGUUUGGUGGUGGUAGGUCAGCAUUCAGGGGAGGGCCAUCACAGUCUUUUGUUCAGACUUCAGCUAGUGCACCGCUAUCAUGGCCCAGUCAGCAACAGUGGAGUCAUUUCAGGCCCUGUCAAGGCAACAAGGGACCCCACCAGCAGAGCCGGUCAAGAGGGAGACUCCAGCAGCAGCGGAGGCCCCCAUGCCCCAGAGAGUGUCGUUCGUCCCGCCAGGGUGCGGGCAGGGGCACAAUACAGCCAUCCAGUUCUACAGCUGCUACAUCCUCAGCACCACCUCCAGCUCGAGGCACUCCAGCACGCGCAGGGCGUGGUGCAUCUAGGGGUGGUGCAUACGUUUCGGGAGGACCUAGACAUUUAUAUACUAUGAGUGGUCGCCAGAGUGCAGAGGCUUCUUCAGACGUUGUCACAGGUUUAUUGACUAUCCAAUCCCAUGAUGUGUAUGAUCUUAUCGAUCCCGGUUCCACUUUGUCCUAUGUCACUCUUUAUGUUGCUAUGGAAUUCUAG